CUCCCCCGAGCCUCUCGGUCACAAUCUUUUUCGCUCUUGCUCGGAAGUCUACGCGAACGUUUCCGGGUCACGCGGCGCCAAUACCGCGAGUCAUGUGAUACCAAGAUGGCGGCGCCGCUGUAGCUGUCUUUGGGUUGUGGCGUCCAAGGAGCGGGGACCGUUUCUGCCCUCGGGUCGUGGGGGCGGCAACGCUUGGCUGGUCCCUGCGGCGGCCUGUAGCCCCACGUUAGGUACCAGGUCAGGCCCGGGGCUGUUGCUACCACCGGUGGUUCGGGGAAGUCCCGGUGACCUCGCUGCAGGUGCUCUGCGCCGGCCGCGCUUGGCAGAGGAGGGGGCAGCCGGCCUCCCUGUCUUCUGGACUUGCGGAGUUCAUGAGGCCUGGAGGGGAUACACCUCUGAGGGGCUGCGGGAGUUUGAGUUCUCGGGUGUGUGAGAGGCAGGCAAGUACCCCUAAGGGCGCAACGAAGUCGACAAAAACUGCUUCCUCUUGCGGAGGCCUGGCUUCCCGGCGUUGAUUGCCCCAGCGUUCUUUCUCACUUCCUCUCAAUGUUCUCUCUGCACAUCUGGAAAUAUGAUCAGCGCCCCUGACGUGGUGGCCUUCACCAAAGAGGACGAGUAUGAGGAGGAGCCUUACAAUGAGCCGGCUCUGCCAGAAGAGUACUCGGUGCCGCUCUUCCCCUUCACAAGCCAGGGAGCUAACCCAUGGUCCAAACUGUCCGGAGCCAAGUUCUCUCGGGACUUCAUCCUUAUUUCCGAGUUCUCAGAGCAGGUGGGACCCCAGCCCUUGCUGACCAUCCCCAAUGAUACCAAAGUUUUCGGUACUUUUGACCUCAAUUACUUCUCCUUACGGAUCAUGUCUGUGGAUUACCAGGCUUCCUUCGUGGGCCAUCCUCCUGGGUCUGCCUAUCCCAAGCUGAACUUCGUGGAGGACUCCAAGGUGGUGCUGGGAGACUCCAAAGAGGGCGCCUUUGCUUAUGUGCACCACCUCACCCUGUAUGACCUGGAGGCCCGUGGCUUCGUGAGGCCCUUUUGCAUGGCUUAUAUCUCAGCAGACCAGCACAAAAUCAUGCAGCAGUUCCAGGAGCUUUCGGCUGAAUUCUCCAAAGCUUCAGAGUACUUGAAGUCAGGCAACAGGAAGGCCUUUGCUGUGGAACUUGAAAAAAAACUGAAAGACUUGGAUUACACCAGGACAGUGUUGCACACGGAAACGGAGAUCCAGAAGAAAGCCAAUGACAAGGGCUUCUACUCAUCGCAGGCAAUUGAGAAAGCCAACGAACUGGCCAGUGUAGAGAAGUCCAUCAUCGAACAUCAAGACCUUCUGAAGCAGAUCCGCUCAUACCCUCAUCGGAAGUUGAAGGGGUCUGAUUUGUGUUCUGAGGAGAUGGAGCAUGCUCAGGAUCAGCCUGACCAAGCACUCACUACUUCCAACCCUGAGGAGUGUGCUGACACAGACCUUUACACCUGCAGACCUGCCUACACCCCAAAACUCAUCAAAGCUAAGUCCGCCAAGUGUUUUGACAAGAAGUUGAAGACCUUGGAAGAGCUCUGUGACACUGAGUAUUUCACCAAGACCCUGGCUCAGCUCAGCCACAUUGAGCACAUGUUCAGAGGAGACCUGUGCUAUCUCCUGACUAGCCAGAUUGACAGAGCACUACUAAAGCAACAGCACAUAACAAACUUUCUCUUUGAAGACUUUGCAGAUGAUGAUAGGAUGGUAGAGAAACAAGAAAGCAUACCCUCUAAGCCCAGUCAGGAGAGGCCACCUUCCAGAUCUCUAGAAGAAUGCCCAAUUCCUCAAGUAUUAAUUAGUGUUGGCUCUUACAAGUCCAGUGUGGAGUCUGUGCUGAUCAAGAUGGAGCAGGAGUUUGGAGGUGAGGACUGUAAGGAAGUGGAGGUGGCAGAAAUGAGCAGUUUUGAUCUCCAUGGAAACUUAGACUACCUGGAUAUGGAUAUGAAAGGGAGUAUCAGCAGUGGUGAAAGCAUUGAGGUUCUAGGCACGGAGAAGUCCACCUCUGCGCUGUCAAAGUCUGACAGUCAGGCCAGCCUCGUGGUGCCACUGAGCCCCCAGGUGAUCCGGAGCAAAGCAGUCAGCCACAGGACCAUCAGUGAGGACAGUAUUGAAGUCCUCAGCACCUGCCCCUCUGAGGCCCUCAUCCCUGAUGACUUUAAGGCCAGCUACCCAAGUGCUAUUAAUGAAGAAGAAUCAUAUGCAGAUGAUAAUGAGGGAGCCAUCCAUUUCCAGGCAAGCAUCAGCCUAAGCAAGCUGGGUGAGCCAGAGGAGGGCAGUUUAGAAAACACUUCGUCACAAGCAGACUCCUGCUGCAUUGGGAAGGAGAGUGACAGUCUGCUGGUGCCACUCACCACUCCAAUCCACACACUCUCUGACGAGGAUGGAGUAGUGAGCAUCCCCCCACAGCGCUACAGGCAGAAGGACCAGGGGUUCUGUGUGGACUAUGCAGUGGAAAAUGCCAACCCUUCUUCCCGAGACAACAGUUCUGAAGGCUUCCCUGCUUAUGAGCUGGACCCAGGCCAACUGCUGGCUAGCAGGGAUAUCAGUAAGAUCAGCCUGGACAACUACUCGGACACCACCAGCUAUGUGAGCAGUGUGGCCUCCACCAGCUUGGACAGGACUCCCUCCUCUGCUCAUCCCACUGGCUCCUCUUUUGAGAGGCAUAAAAAGAGGGCUGGCCAGAAUGCCUUAAAAUUCAUCCGCCAGUACCCCUUUGCCCACCCAGCCAUCUACUCCCUGCUCAGUGGGAGGACACUUGUGGUCCUGGGGGAGGACGAGGCCAUAGUCAGGAAGCUUGUGACAGCAUUGUCCAUCUUCGUCCCCAACUACAGCUGCUAUGCCAAACCCGUGAAGCACUGGGUCUCCUCCCCUUUGCACAUUACGGAUUUUCAGAAGUGGAAGCUUAUUGGCCUGCAGAGAGUGGCAUCCCCUGCCAGUGCCAGCACCCUUCACGUUCUGAGCCGCUACAGCCGCUACACAAGCAUCCUGGACCUGGACAACAAAACCCUACGCUGCCCCCUUUACAGAGGCACCCUUGUGCCCCGGCUGGCAGACCACCGCACUCAAAUCAAGCGGGGCAGCACCUACUACCUGCACGUCCAGAGCAUGCUCACCCAGCUCUGCUCCAAGGCCUUCCUCUACACCUUCUGCCACCACCUGCACCUGCCUGCCCACAACAAGGAGAUAGAGGAGUUGGUUGCCAGCCGGCAGGCAAGCUUUCUGAAGCUGAAUCUGGGUCUAGUGAAUGAAGAUGUCAAGGUGGUCCAGUACCUGGCUGAGCUGCUGAAGCUGCACUAUAUGCAGGAGUCUCCUGGGACCAGCCAGCCCAUGCUCAGGUUUGACUAUGUCCCCAGUUUUUUGUACAAAAUCUGAGGUCAGUUCCAGCCACUGUGACUCCGGGCACAGGAAAGAGAAGGGUUGGCGUGACAUGACCAAGCAGUCCUCUGAGCGGUUUAGACUUCUGGUGUCAUAGGUGGGAAGGAAACCAAGGUGGCUUCAGGCAGCUUGCAAGUUGGACUUGGGCAGAGGGAGGAGCCUGGCUCUCUGAAAGCAUCCAGGACAGUAACAGCUCUCUUGUCUCCCUGGUAAGGAAUGGACCUGGAGGGAGCUCUUGGCCUCCCAAGGACUGGUAGCCAGGGCAGAGGAAAGCCUCAGUGGGGUGGGAUGAGGGGCAGGAAGGCAAAGCCAUGAUGGGAGGACCAUGUGGCCACGCUUAUCUUCACUGAACACUUGAGUGGCAAAAUCAAGUGGCACAGCCUGUUAACUGGAAUGAUUUCGUGGAAAACAAGAGGGUGGAAUAUCCGUUGUCUCAUUCAAACCCCAACUGAAUGGCCUCCUAGAGCCUGUCACCCAGGGGAGGCCCCUGAGUGAGGGGAGGGAGAAAGCUCUGCCCCCGCUGGGUGGUGGGGAAUGUCAGCCUCCAGGCCGCAGUGCUGAGGGAGUGAGCAGCUCCCUGUCCCCAUCCUCACUUCCUCACCUUGCACAGCAUUCCCACAGGCAGCAGGAGAGAGUGCAGUGUCACUAGUCCCCAGUUGUCAGUGGGAACUGCUCUUUGAGGUAGAGAGCCCAGCCGGGGCCGAGGGGCCAUGAAGCCAUCACCACUGUGUGAGCGAUGAAGAGCCAGCAGGGCCUGGCCCAGCAGUACUUUUGGCCAGAGUGAGUCAGCACUGUUCUCUCACCCAAAGCAAACCCUUGCAACCACUUCACUACCUCUCGCGGGGUCUCUCAAGCACGGGACAGCAGAGUUCUGUUCAGCUGGCUGGUGUGGGUGGGCAGCCCAGAUGGUGGUGAUUCGGGGCUGGGAUUUCCUACAGGCAAGAGGACAGCUGUCUUCGUGGACCUGCCUGGCAGGUUGCACAGGCCUGGCGUGUGGGCACUUCAUGGCAGCUACUUCUGCCCAUGUGUGACUCCCACCUUCUCAGGAGAUGUGCCCAGGUCCACCCACCACAACCUCCCUGAGCUUCUUACAGUUGCCACUGGUAUGUAGAUGGAGGGUUUCUUGCAACCUUGAUAAUUUUAUACCUUUCUUUUAAAGCUGUUUUCCCCCCUAAGUAGGGAGAACUCUCGGUAUUACUGCUUUUUAAUUUGUUCCCACAAACUUGUGAUAAAACAACCCUGAGCCAGUGACAAGUGGUGCUCCUGGGCACGUGUGCGUAUCUACUGGGGCCGUGCCCUGCGUGCUGAGACCUGGUCUGCCUGUCAGUGUGGGGCGCACCAUUGAAGUCAGAGGAGAGGCACCCCUCUGGUGACUAAGGAGGGUUUGCGUCCCAUCACUCCUUUGGUCCCUUCCUCGCCCAGGUCCUCUGCACAGGAUACGGCCCGUUGGCUCCCACCCAGCAGUUUCUGGCCAGUCCCCAUUCCUGUCAGGGCAGGGAUUUCCUCCAGAAAAGAGGAAGGCCUUCUCGCGUGGCUGUCUUUGUGGAUGUGUGAGUUUGCCCCUGAGGCCGUGACUGAGAACUUUGGUGGUAAUUGGUGUUGCUUACACUUGUUGGUUUCCUUGUACCUCCGGCUGUUGCAUGUUCACACACAAGACGGCGCUCCCGGAGCUGCCGGCAGCUUUGACAGGUGAGGUGUUGGCCUGCGGGAAGGCUGCACAGGAAGCCUGCUUCUCGGUGAGCUCCGGGCCUGCGACCGGCUCCCCUCCUUCGUGGUCAAGAUGCUGCUUUGUUUCUAACUGGGUGGCUAAUUGCUGUCACUUAGGCCUCCAGGAGCAUGAGCUCGUGCCAUCUUACCUCCCAGGGGAGAAAGGCCUUAGGGUCCCAGGGACAAGAUGGACAGUGACCACUGGCACCAGCACUGAUGUCUCAUUUCUGUUUCCCUCCGACACGGACUCUGGUUAACACUGUUCUCAUUGGAAAUGGGCAUGGGCAGGGGAAACGGCCUUCUAGGAGCCCACCGCUGCGUCUGCCAUAGCCGUCUGCUUUGGACGGUGUGUGCUCAGAGGCUUGGCCCCAAGGACAGUCCCGAAGGCCUGAGGACUACGGCCCGGCCGUGGCUGUAAGCAGGAGAGGCUGCUCCGCGGCGCGGGCCAGAGCACGGGAGCUGGCUCCGCACGGAGAAGCGCAUUGGCCUCACUGAGGAGAGGGUGAACUCCAGGAUUUAAAUUUGGGUUAAAAUCUAACUUUUCAGGGUGACAGUUUCAAAGGAUUGCCUGAUGCCCAGUGUAUUUCUUUUCAAAGGGAUGAAAGUGGCACUUGGGCUGGGAGGUUUGGGCAGAGGCGGUGGAGACUGAAGUGGGACCUACCAGAUGCAGCUAUAAAGGGUAAUGGUGGGGAGCCCUCUGCAGCGGACUGAUCAUUUCUUCAAGAACUGUGGUUUGAUGUUGUCCUGUAGUAUAGCCCAGUGUUAAUAAAACAUUUACAAACACUUCCCAGACAAUCAAGGACAUCGGUGCCCCUAUUAAUUCUUUAGUCCCACAAAGGCCCAGGCACUGAAACUGAGUUUUCUUUACUUCCUUUACCUGCCUCCCUUCCCUUUGUCCAUGCAGUCCCCGUCACAAAGCUGCCUGGGCUGCAAUCACGUAGUGACCGCCAGGAGCUCCGUUAGUGCUCGGCUGAAGCGUCACAGCACCCAGCCUGAGCUGCUGCCUCCGUUUCCCCAGGGACCUUGCUCCUGUAGUGUGACCUUUGAAGUUUAGAAAUUGUGACUUUUCCAUAAUUGACUGCAAUGGCUGAAGUUAUACACAUUCCACCAGAUUUGGAAAUGGGCCAUGGUAGCUCAUCCUGUCAUUUCCCAUUUAGCUUUUAACUUUAUUUCAGGUUAUUGUAUUCAAAGUAUAGUAGACUUCAACCCCCAACAAACAACAAAUCCCAUUUCAAAAUCCAAGGAAGGCCAAUAUUUCUACCCAAAUGCCAGGCCUGUUGUGGUACAGUGACGUGUGUCUGGAGGCCAAGAGUGGUCUUGAAGAUCUUGCCUUUGCACUGACCACCGCAUGCCCCACUCCCUGGCCCAACGCUGCAGGGCAGGUCAGCUGCUGUUGCGUCAUCUUUUACAGGUGGUGGCACUCAGCUGGUGGCCAGCCGGGGGUGGGGGGACUUUGGAGGCACUGAUUCCCCAAGCUAGCAAUCAGAUGCUACCUCCUAUUUCAGAAGAAUGUGUUUUGGUUCGUGCUUUGAAUCAAACCAGCCAGCUUUCUGAAUUUUCUCCAAUACUGUUGAAGUGAAAAAACUGGAAUCUUUAAAAGAUAAGGAAAAAGCAUCAAGUUUCUGCUUCUGGCUAGAAACAAAAACGGUCUCAGCUGAUAAGGCUGGAGCACACCAAGGUUUCCUGAGCCUUUCUCUGUUGAGCACUGACCUAACAUGGCCUCACCUGGUAAGGGAGGCCGCAGGAGAGAGGGAAUGGGCACUUUGCUGCUGGUGGGGAGCCCUGGCUUCUGGGGCUACACAAGGGGUCUUGGAUAUGUCCCUUUGUCUUCAGCUGGGGAAGAAACAAGCCCCUAAAGUUAAGCCUUUGAGCAGUGUAACAGCUCCCAGAUUGAGGCAUAGAUGUGGGUACCCGCGUGCACUCACCCAGAGACUGCGCUGGAGCAAUCGCCAACACACUGGACACUAGGCCACAGGUGCCUUCCAGGCGGGGCCACAGGGAGCCUCGGCCUCCGAAUGCCCGGCGCUGCUGGCGGCUGCACAGUCGGGCUAAGAGAAGCCGCCUGUAAGGCUGCAGUGACAAGCAUCGUCUGUGAGGAAAUUUCGUUUGUUAUUUUUGGAAAGUAUUUUAUUACUGCAUGCUCUGUCCACGUCUGUGAAUGGGAGUCUGACCAGCAUGUGAGCUGCAGUCGUCCCAGUGGCGAGCAAGAGUAUGACAGAGACCCGGUGACAGUGGCUCCCAGGUACGGUCGCACCAGAGUUCAACCAGAGCAAAUGCCAAACAAACAGUACGAGAAGUGUACUUUUUAAGAAAUUAAUUUAUUUGAGUUAUUUUUGAAAUAUAAAAAUGGGUUGUAUUUUUUAAAGCUGUAAUUCUUGUAGACAUUCUGUGGUUAAAAAUUUGUGCUUAUUAAAAAUGGUCAUUUAUGUUUUGCACCUCA